AUGGCGAUACCCCAGAAGCGCCUUGCUUCCGUCCUUGUGGGGGCAGUCGCAGUGGCAGUGUCUCUUGCCCUGGCUUCCAGCACCUUCAACCCCUUCCAGACCACGCCUGCAGACUGGGAGGUGAACGACCCUGGGGUGUCGUGUGAUGCCCAUGCAGGUGCCAACAUCGAGGUCCUUGUGGCGGGUGUGCCGUUGACCGGCUCAAGCUCGAUGCAGCAUCUCCUCCAGAAGCUCGGCUAUGAGACCAUGCACUGGCAAAGCUACAUGACCCGCUACUUCGAGUUCAUGUCGCAUUUCUACACUGGCGCGAUUGUGGACCCUGAUGUGCAGAAAGUGUUCCAGGACAUUCCUGGCAAGGGCGCGUUGCUGGACCCGGUCGUCCCUGCGCUCUUUGACAGCUUGAGGUGCGCUUACCCCAACGCGAAGGUGAUCCUGACAACGAAGGAGGCAUCAUCUUGGCUCCAAAGCUACGAGUCCUACGUGGCACACACCUGGCUCUACCACUGGACCCGGUCGCCAGUCCUGUUCUUGCUGAGCCACGUGUCCAGAGCCUUACGCUUGGGGAGCAUCCUGCGCUGCUUGUCCCUGCUCCCUCCGCCCUCGGGGCUGGACCUGGACCACCUCCCGGAGCUCUCCGCCGCCUUCCGCAAGAGCGACGAGCUCAUCUUCGGCUCCUGGCAGCCGACACGUUUUCACAUCAAAAAGCGUCAGCUCUAUGAAGAGCACGUGAAAGCCACGGUGCCAGCAGAGCGGCUUCUGAUUUUGGACGACAGCGCGGGGGAUGCCCUGGGCAAGCUUGCUCACUUCUUGAACGUGUCAGCCUCCAGCGCUGGGCGAGAGCACUUCAACGCAGUCUCUUCGAGCAGCCCACCCAUUCAAGCAGAAGUCCUCCGCGGCAACGUGCUGAUGAUGGUGGCCGCGGCAGGGAGCCUCUUGCUUUUGAUGUUGGCGGCCCUGCUCUUUCUGAGCCCAGAUCUAUGGCUAGCUCUUGAUUCCUGGGCGCGGCUGGUUGCAAGCUAUGGAGGAGUGCGCCAGGUUUACAUUGACCGCUGUAGUCAGGGGCACUUUGAGUAUGGUUGCCCGGCGAGCAGCUUCUCCGCUCUGCAUGAGCACACCGGGUUCUUGGAGUUGCUCGGUCUUCGGACUCAUCCGGGCAAGUCGUCUGUGGAGUUUCUGUCCGACUUCUCGGUGAUCCCGUCCUAUCUCCCCAUCGACCAGGCUGCGGCGGCCUGUCUGGGGGCGGUUGGCUUGGCUGUGGCAGACUUUGUGGAGAUGCGUGGGGGCUCGGCACAGACAGUCCGCGUUCGCCAGAGCGAUGCGGGCGCCGUCACAGCUGGCUACCUCCACCUCAGAGUUAGCCCGGACAAGAACUACAAAGGCUGCGAGGGAUUCCGUGCCACGAUCGAGGCAGAGUCGCGCGUGAACCCUGUGCGGCGGCCCUACCCAUGCAGGGACGGCGGCUUCGUCUUCGUGCAUGGGGGCCUGCCAAAGCUGAAGCAAGGCAUCCUGGACUUCUUCGGCUGUGACUGCGACGUGGAGAGCAUCCAAACCAAGACCCAGCAGAAGAACGCGCCUGAACUGGAGAAGGCGAUGCAAGCUGCGGGCUUGGCGGUAACCCAAUGUCGAACACCCCAGGAGUGGCGGCAAACAGAACAGUACAGGCGUACCUCAUCGCUCCCGGUGGUUCUUGUCGAGCCUGUGCCUUCCGGGAACGGCAACCGCGAACCGAGAUGUCUGGAGUCUUCUCCAACCCGGCCGCUCUCUGGCGUGGUUGUUCUGGAUUUCACGCACAUCAUCGCCUCGCCAGUCGUUGGCCGCACUUUGGCGGAGCACGGGGCCUUGGUCAUCAAAGUCGUCUACUCGGAGCGGCCGCGCCGCCCCUGCUUCGAUGAGGAGACCAACCACGGCAAGGUGCCUUUACAUAUCAACCUGCAAGCCAAGGGCGACAGGCAGAGGCUAUGGGAUCUGGUGGCAGCCGCCGACAUCUUCAUCGACGGCUACACGGAAGGCGUCUUGGAAAGGCAGGGAUUCGGCAAGGAUGCCCUGCAGGCAUGCAACCCAAACCUCAUCUACGUCGACGUCACCUGCUAUGGUCAUGUGGGGCCGCUGGCCAGCUGUAAGGGCUUCCAGCAAAAUGCCAACUUUGCAACUGGAGUCGCCGUUGUUGCGGAUGAACAGUUCUUGGCAUACCAGCUCUUGUCUCAAGUAGACUACGCAACUGGCUUCAUGGGCGCCUACGGAGCCAUCUUGGCUUUGUGCCACAGGGCCAGGACGGGGCAAGCCUC